AUGACCGACGGGGCUGUCAAAUUCAUUUUUCCGACCAGACAAGGCCCGCCGCCUCAGGAUCAUGGGCUCAGUGAGAAGGAGCGACGAUCACAUGCUGCUCGAGUUGGCCAUCUUGGGAAAAGUCGAGCUGCUAGUGGCCCCUCUGCCAUUCAUCAUUCUGCACCACGAAGCCAAGCUAUUUACAGGAUGCAUUUACCGCGACGGCGCCACACAAGCAGCCCCAGUUUUGGUUACAAUGUCAGCUCGAACUCCAGCUCCAACUUCAAAUCAGAGUCGACGUGCGACUCUUCGUCGGAUGAAGAGAGACGCCCAACGCCGCCAAUAGUUGUGUUGAAAGGCAACUCCGACCCAUUCGCCACACUGUCAGUGGUCGUCACACCGCUUGUGAACCAGGUUUUGACGUUUAUGCGAGAGGCGCUGUAUCCAAACCUGUACUUCAACCCCUUCUUCCGCCGGUUGUAUGGGGACUCUAAUGGUCCCAUUAACGUGCUGCAUGAUAGCAGUUGGUUACCGGCGCAGACGGCGAGGCAAGGUUGGGGCUUUGCCGCUGGGAGCCUCAACUCAGAGGGUCAGGCCUUGGCAUGCAUCGCGAGCUUUCUUCACAACAUGGCCACGCUGCUGCCCGAGGAUGGACGACUCAAAAUGAGCCGGCAAGCCCUGAUUCUCACGACCAAGAGUUCAGAGCUCCUCCGGAAGUCGUUGGAGAACACACCCAGCACUGGAGGAGGUAAGAGCAUGCUUCUUCAGGAUCAAGGGCUGAUUACCCAUGUCUUCUGGUUAUUCCGCGCGGCCGUGUAUUCCGACAACAGCCCAUCCGUGGCGGUCCACGGCAAGGUCCUGGCGGGGAGCAUGAUGCAAGGUUUUAAUGACGGCAUUGUGGAUCACCUGAUGAUCAUCCAGGCUAUCAACGACGACUGUGAUGACGCUUCGAAAAUAACGCGGCGGACUCACUUUGAUCCUGACUGGUAUCGGCUCACUGUCAAGCCAAUCUGGGCUUUAGCGGAGCAAAUUCUGCCUCCAAUACCCGAGACAGCCUUUGCCAAUGUUAACCCGGCCAUUGAGAUCCCGGAGCUGCGACGCCUCUUCAUAGCCUCACGCCAUCAAGCGGCGUUCGGCGAGGAUGGCAUGCAAGUAUCGGACGAGGCCUGGGGUCCGCCAGAACAAAAGGAGCUGGCCUUUGCUUGGUUCGUCACGCAGAGCAAAUACCUUAUGGCCAAAGUCCUCCAGAUAUAA